CUCCGGUAGUGACGGAGGAGGCUCUCCGGUACCGGGAAGUGUUGAGCACAUAGCGAGAGGUUUCGGUUUCUCUCCGGUAAUCAAUCAGCUGAUCGACUAUUGAUGUCUCCGUUGCGCAGCCGCCGCGCGCGCCCCCUGUCAUCUCCACAUCCGUGUUGUCUCACCGGAGGAUGAUGUGUCGGUAGGAGGCUAAAACGGCUAGCUCACGUAACGUUACCGGGCGGUUUCUCAUGUCUUUUCACGUUCAGCGGAGCUGUUACCGUCACGAGCCGGUCCGGACCUUACAUGGCGGUUGGUGGUCGGGGUCCCGUCCGGCUGCCCGGUGAGCUGAGCGGGGAGGAUGCUGCAGGUAGCCGCCGUUAGCUCCGUUAGCUCCGUAGCUGUAUUUACAUCGGUGUUAUGUAAGAGAGGAGCCCGUUAGCUCCCGUUAGCUUGCCUUUAGCUUUCGUUAGCUAGCUAGCCGUUAGUAGCCGUUAGCUGUCAGGAUGAAUGACGCGCAGCAAGAAAUGUCUCCGGACUUCGUCUUGAUGCGUCUCGUGUCCGCGGCGGAGUACGACCGGCUGGACGAGCCCGACGACCUGAUGUCCGGGGGCGGCGGGUUCGGGCCUGUUAAACCCGCGCUGGGUCACCGCGGUGGCCCCUCGCCGGGCCUCGGCUCGGCCUCCCCUCACUACAGCUCUCCGCUCCCCGGGAGGAGCGAGCUGUCCGCGGGGGCCCCGCUGACAGGCUCCGACGCGCCGCUGUCUCCGCCGCUGUCUCCGCCGGAGGACUUUGUGGACUUCCCAGUGCAGCACGGCUCGGGUAUGCACGGUUCAACGGCCCAGCUGAUGGUGUUCCAGAACCUGCUGCGGUCCGGAGACCGGAUCCUGGAGGAGGCAGAGAGACAGAGACAGCAGCUGGACUCUGGAGCCGGACCCAAGGACCAGAACUCUGUCGGCAUCCCGUCAGCGGAGGAGCAGCUCCUCGGACUGUCAGACGGACCCCUGCCCCCCCAGCAGGACGUCCCGGCUCUGGACUGCGAGCCCGGCUCGGUGCUGUGCCAGCGGCACCGCCUGCUGACAGACCGCCUGGCGAAGUGGCCGCCGGGCCUGCUGGACCAGGCCCUGCGUCUGGGCCUGCUGGACAGGAAGAGCUACUCCAGCGGGGGGGAGGAGCCGGUUCUGGCUCUGGCCCGGCGGCUGGGCCAGCUGGGGGAGGGGAGGGAGGGAGGCAGGGGGGAGACGGCGCCCUCGCUGUCUCGCUGCUCCUGUCACAGCGUGCUUGGCUCGGGGACGCCCGGCGAGGACCCAGGUGAGACCAGCGACGCCCUGCUGGUGCUGGAGGGUCUGGGGUCCGAGGAGGAGGGGGGAACGCCAUGUGGGGGGGCAGGGCCAGCGUUCUCCAGCGGGACGCUGAGCGGUCUGAUGCUGCAGGUCCACAGACUGGCCGAGGAGGCCGGCGUCUGCACCGAUCAGGGCUGCCGGUCCUCUCUGGCGGUCCUCGGAGCCACCGUGUCCCCCCCACCCUGCGCAGACCCCCGCCCCCCCUCCACACCCGGCCCGCACCUGCCGGCCCUGUCCGCCGCCCUCCAGGCCUCCUCCAGCCCCGUCCCGCCCCGCCGCCCCCAGUACCAGUCCCGCUCGCAGCCUCAGAGCAGAGCCGCCACGCCCAAACUCGGCGUGGCCUCGGGGGGAGCGAGAGCGGGGCGAUGCUCCUCCCCGCUGGUGGUCCUGCAGGGCGAGGAGACGCUGCCCCCGCCGCGGGGGAAGGCCAGGAAAGGCGGGUCGCUGAAGGUCCGGCUCAGCAAGCUCUUCAGAACCAAGAGCUCCAGCGGCGGCUCGGCGGGGCUGCUGGACAAGAGGCCGUCCCUGGCGUCGUCCACGUCGUCGGGGGGGAGUCUGCUGGACGUGUGGGGGUCGACCGGCAGCAACACGGAGCCCGACGCCACCAGGCUGCAGAUCUCCAGGCCUCACAGUGCCUUCUCUCCGGUGACCUUCACACCUGCUUUCACCGGUGAGACGGUGUCUCUGGUUGAUGUGGAUAUUUCUCGGAGGGGGGUGAACUCUCUCCACCCCCCGACUCCCCCUCCUCCUCCCAGACGGAGCCUCAGUCUGCUUGAUGAUUUCGGGGCUCCUCCUCAGCACCACGGUCCGUUCGGGGCAUCCAUGCAGUCUCUGCCCCCCCGACCACUGGCCCUGCCCCCCUCCCUCAGCACCAUCCAGCACAGCUUGAGCCUCAACGACACAUUCCUGCGAGUUCUUCCGAGGCCGGUCCCUCUGCGUCCCGACGGUCAGCUGCCCCCCCGCCUCGCUGCCCGCUGCCCACUCAGCCGUCCCGAUGCUGGCAGCUUCGCCACCAGCCUCAGGGAGCUGGAGAAGUGUGGCUGGUACUGGGGUCCGAUGAACUGGGAGGACGCAGAGAUGAAGCUGAAGGGGAAACCGGACGGAUCCUUUCUGGUCCGGGACAGUUCAGACCCGCGGUACAUCCUGAGUCUGAGCUUCAGGUCGCAGGGAGUCACACACCACACACGCAUGGAGCACUACAGAGGGACGUUCAGUCUGUGGUGUCACCCCAAGUUUGAGGACCGCUGCCACUCGGUGGUGGAGUUCAUAGAGAGAGCCAUCAUGCACUCCAAGAACGGGAAGUUCCUCUACUUCCUGCGCUCCAGAGUCCCUGGUCUCCCCCCGACCCCGGUCCAGCUCCUGUACCCGGUCUCGAGGUUCAGCAGUGUUAAAUCUCUGCAGCAUCUCUGUCGCUUCUGCAUCCGUCAGCUGGUCCGGAUCGACCACAUCCAGGAGCUGCCGCUGCCCACGCCUCUGAUCUUCUACCUGAGGAAGUUUUAUUACUAUGACCCCGAGGAGGAGAUCAGCCGCCAGCCGGCGGUCCAGCAGCAGCCGGGGGUCCAGCAGCAGCCGGGGGUCCAGCAGCAGCCGGGGGUCCAGCUGCAGCCAGGGGUCCAGCAGCAGCCGGGGGUUCAGCCGGGGGUCCAGCAGCAGCCGGGGGUCCAGCAG